CCAGUGAUAUUCAACGUUGAGCGCCCUUACGGGCCUGCUUUUGGCGUGGCACCACACGUCGGAGUUGUAAUGCCGCAUAGCUCGGUUACCUUGUACUGCACAUUUCGAUCAGCGCAUGUUGCCCGCAUUCCGGAUGAUGGCAUCUACAUUUAUAGUAUUUUUCAAAAAGAAAUCAGUCCUGAGAAGCUCACAGGUGCACUAACCGGCAAAGCGAAAGAACGAGUGGCGCGCAAAGUAACACUUGAAUUUCCUGCAACUAACUUAAGGCCGCAGAAACAAUUUUGUGACUUUCCUUUUUGCAAGUAA